AUGUCCAGCGUUUGCAGGCUGAAGUUCGGGGGCGACGGGGAGUGCCCGCGGGCCGCGUCCGCCGGGGAAGGGCCGGGGGUGUCGUCAGUCCGGCCCGCCGGUAGUGACAGCCGCCACUUCCAGUACCGAGAGCUUCCCAAAGCGUUGGUGUGUGAGUGUGGGGAGGUGGGGAGGCUACCGGAGUGGGAGCUCGCUCUGCCUCACCAGCUCUCUCUGCCGCCAGGACUGCAGUGCAAUUCAUCCGUGGACCUCAUUGGGACCUGCUGGCCCCGGAGCCCUGCAGGGCAGCUGGUGGUUCGACCCUGCCCCGCCUAUUUCUACGGUGUCCGCUACAACACCACAAACAACGGCUACAGGGAGUGCCUGGCCAAUGGCAGCUGGGCCGCCCGAGUGAACUACUCCGAGUGCCAGGAGAUCCUCAGUGGGGAGGUGAGGCUGCCCGUGUGGACGGUGGGUCAGGCCCCAGCUCAGGUCACGGGCGCCCGGCCUGUGAGCAGCCAUCCCCAAGGGAGGCCGAUUCCCCUCCUGGGCACCACUUACAUGCUGUUCUUCGUGAACCCCGGGGAGGACGAGGUCUCCCGGGCCGUCUUCAUCUAUUUCAACUCCUUCCUGGAAUCUUUCCAGGGCUUCUUUGUGUCUGUAUUCUACUGUUUCCUCAACAGUGAGGUCCGCUCGGCCAUCCGGAAGAGGUGGCACCGAUGGCAGGACAAGCACUCCAUCCGCGCCCGCGUGGCCCGCGCCAUGUCCAUCCCCACCUCCCCGACCCGGGUCAGCUUCCACAGUAUCAAGCAGUCCACGGCGGUCUGAGCUGGACGGCCAGCAACUGGAAGAUGGUCUCCAGGCUCAGCCAGCUGCCCUGUCUGUGGAGGGGACCAGCUCCUUCCCACACUCUGUAUCCCCAGAAGCUGCUGGCACUGACAGCCUGGCUCCCCACCCCCCCCGACCCCCGGCUGAGCAGGAGUUCAAGGCCUGUGAGAGCAACCGCAGUCCGGGCCAUGGGAUGAAUGGGAAAUAAUCUCUAGGAUCGGUCUGGGUCCAGGGCCUCCCAGUUCUCCCUGGAGAUGGAAUGAAAAUGGAGUGGAAAUGGCCAACUGGAAAUCCAAAGCAGCACAUGGGUCCCUCCAAGAGGUGUCUUCUCUCAGAGCACAAGAUGGCCAGCCCACCGGAGACCUGGGGCCUGUCUGCAGCAACUGGGGGGGUGUGAGCGCCAAUGGCUGCCCAAGGGGCAUCAUGGGAAACUCUGGUGACAGCAUCCCAACCACCGUGAUUAUGCCUCCAGGUGUUGGCAACGCCUUCCAGUGCCAGUGGGAACCAAGGCCGGGUUGCCAGAACCCCCACGCAAUGUUGUUAGAAAUCAGGCGACAUCAUCAGACAAUAGGCCACACUACAAGAAAUCCUCCAAGCCACCACAAUUUCAUCUGUGGUACGGCCGUCAGAAAUGCUCUAUCUCGCUGCCUUGCACCCGUGGACCUUUACUGCCCUGCAGGCCGCGCAGUCUCCCCCUCCUUAACCACCCACCAUAUUCACACCCUGCUUUCUGUCACCCCCUGUCCCUGGCGUCUCCCCCUGGGUGGGAAGAUGGGGGUGGGAGGGAGAUGGAGAGUCCUGUGAACAAGAAUCAGGGUGUGCCCCAGAUAAAGCCAGUCUCCCUUUCAGGGUACAGAGAAUAUUCGAGGCCAUCCUGCCUGCUGGUUUCAGUGGUCUGGCCUCCAGGGAAGCCUCUCUGCUGCUCUCAGGGAGUUUGCGGCCCCUGGAUGGCCUCUGGGGCAGCACGAUUAGCUAAGUGAAGAUAGGAGAAGCGGAAGGGCACUUGGUCCCUCUCUGCCUGAGGGUCCUGGAGCAGGACCGCUGGACCUUGGGGCAACCAGCCAGCCCUCGCUGGACCCUCCUGUGUCCAGAGGUACUGGGCCCCUGGAGCCGGGCUUUCGGAGAUAAGGUGUCAGCUCUGAGGGGCCAGCUGCCGUGAAUAAUAAUAUUUAUCUUUUCCACUAGCAUUUGUGAAGGUCUGGACUGUGCAGGGCUGGGUGGGGAGGGCACAGCAGACAAAGAGAGGCCACUUUUCAGUCUUUGGGGCCAGCUUGUGGCUGGGAAACCUGACACCACUCACACCCAUCAGGGUGGGGUACAAGGGGAGCCUCGGAGGGGCAUGGGUCUGUGGACCCAGCUGGCAAGGACGGCUCUUAGAAGGGGAGAGUCAUGGGGACACAAGGGCCACAGGUGAACAGUGCCGGCCAAGGACACUGUGGAUGGGACAGGAGCCACGGGGACCACUUGAGCCAAGGAGUGGCAAUGGGCCCAGACAGGAAUGUGUCCCAACCCCAAGGCAGGGGCCGAGCUGGAAGCAGGAAGUAGAGUUAGGGAGGCCUUGACAGUGACUCGGCUUGAUAUCCCCAGAAACACACCCAGAGACAAGGUUUCCAGAACCAGUUCAGGGAGAGGGAGCACAGGAAGCGGGUGGGGGUGUGAGGCCAG